AUGAGGUGGUCAGUUACUUGCCUAUUGGGCAUCGCUGCAUUGGCGGCCAGUCAAGAGAGUACCUCGGAGGCUGCUACCACUAUCACAGCAUCAGCAGAGAGUGCGGCACCAAGCAGCACCGAAGCUUCAGCGACAUCCAGCGCACCAAUUACGCAUACAAUCGGUGUAGCAAAGGGUGGACAUACAUUCGAACCAGAUGUCACACAAGCCAGGGUGGGCGAUACCAUCAAAUUCGAAUUUUAUCCUACCAAUCAUUCGGUAGUUCGAGCAGAGUACGGCUAUCCUUGUAUUCCAUAUGAAUAUACAGGCGUCGACAAGAUUGGAUUCUACUCUGGAUUCAGGCCCGUCGACGCUAUACUGGACGACCCACCAGCAUACUAUCUCACAAUCAACGACACCGACCCGAUAUUCUUCUACUGCGGUGCCCCAGGAUCAUGUAUCAACUUUCAAAUGGUUGGGACUAUAAAUCCCAACGCUACGACAUCGCUCCAGACUCAAAAGCAGCUCGCUAAGGAUUCUACUUUUAUGUUGACGCCAGGCCAGCCAUGGCCUGAUGAGCAAGAAGAUCCUUUCACCACAACGAGCUCUUCACCAACGACGACGCCGACUGCAAGCAGCACGACCGCACCAGCAGCUGGAGCCUCGACAAGCGACAGUACAUCAACGUCGCAUCACUCAAGUCUUUCGACCGGUGCAAUUGCGGGAAUCGCCAUUGGUGCAGCUGCUGUGGCGCUUGCCGGAGCUGUUCUUCUAUACCUUUGUGGUCGCCAGUCACGUCGCCAUACGCCAGUCAAUCAACUUGAAGAGAGACCGGGCACAGGUCAUGCUACUGUGCACUCAAUGGCAUACAAUCCCCACGGCCAUAUGACGGGCCAAUACAUGGAUCCCAUGAAACACAUGUCGAUGCAUAGCAACGCCAUGCCCCUCAGUCCUGCUCUGCCAGGAUAUGCACCAGCAUAUGAUGCAAAUAUGUCUCCUGCUAUGCACCAAGCCUAUCCCAUGAGCGACUCUCUGAAACCCGGGUUCGGUAGUGACAUUUCCACCCUCCAUAGCACGUCACCAAGUCCAAUGUAUUCCACGCCCGCCUAUCCAAAUGGAGUGCCGCACAACAUGACUCCGCUUCCAUACGGCGCCCCACAAUCACCAUAUCAACCACAAAUCCACGAGAUGGCAGACUCUGAUGCGAAUGCGGCUCAAGGACAUAUGCGACGGUCCAGCACCCACAAAUCAAAUGGGGUCGAGAGAUACAGCUGA